UUUGAGUCCGUUUGACACUAAAAAUCGUCCAGUAACAUUUUUAUUCUUCAACGUCAAAAACACAGAAACCCCGCGAGAAACAUUCAGAUCCAAACUCUGAAAAUUUUGAAAAGCUCCUUCUCUAUCCGUUGAGAAAUUGCAGAACCCUAAUUCCCAAAAAUGGAGGCUCUCUACAAAAAACUCUACGCUAAAUACACCAAACUCAAGACUAACAAACUCUCCGAGUUCCAUGACCCUGCCAAGGAACAAGAACACAAAUUCCGCAAAUUCGUCUCUGCUUCCGAACAGUUGAUAGAUCACUUGAGGAAUGAAUAUGACAAGGUUCUUGAACACAACAAUGACUUGGUAAAUGAAUUGACUUCGAUUAGGCUUGCAAAAGACAAUCAACUGGUUGAUCUACAAAAGCUUUUAAUGGAGGAAACCAAAAAAAGUGAUACUCUUUUUGAAGAAGUUGAGAAGUUGCAAAAGCUUUUGAAGGAAGGAACUUCUGGUGAUUUAAAUAACUCCAAUAACUCAUCUGUUAGAAUGACAAGAAAACGUAUGAGACAGGAACAUGAUGCAUUGGACAAAGAAGCGGGGUUUAUAUCAUGUGAAUUUGAUGAAGGUAAUUCUGUGGAGAGAGAGUCAACCCAAUGCUUUCUCAAGGAGAAUGCUUCCAAUAAGCUGAUGGAGUCUUCUACGUCUAAGGUUAAUGAUCAACCAGGUUCGUGCAUUGAUUUACAAGAAAGUGGUCGUAGUAGUUGGCUUGCUCAUGCUCUUUUUGAGUAUACAUUGGGUAUGAAGUUAUCCUUUGACAAUCAAACUGGACGAUCAUGUCUUUUUGAAAAUCAAUCAACCGGUUUCUCCUUCAGUAUAUCAUGGAUUGGCAAAACCCCUGGAGAGGAAGCCGGAGAGGAUGCAGAACUGCUAUACCAAGUAAAAUCUCUAGGCAUGCUUGAAAGAGUAGUACCAGAAUGGAUGACGGCAGACAUCAAGUUCAGCCCAACCAUGUGCCCCAUCUUCUUUGAAAGGGUAUCCCGAGUUAUCAAUUUGAAAUACUGAAGUUUCUUUUUUCGUAGUUGUACAUAUUUCCACUUCAAUUAUUUGGAGGACUAAUGAGAAACUAGGAAUGACAUUUGAGAUGAAAAGGAUGUUAACAUAAUUUUUUGAUUAGUGAAGAUGCUGAGUCGAAAAUUGGGAGGUGCAAGUAAAAAUACAAGUACUCAUGAGCUGCACCUAUUCAAGAAAACUAUUUAAUUUUAUCUGCUUA